AUGCUUACAUAUCCCACAUGCGUCGCCACCUAUGAGGAUCAGUCGGACGAUACAGAAAACGAUACAGAAACCAUGUUAGAUUACGGGUCAGCGAGGUGGCUCGCUGGCUCCCAGCCCGCCGUAAGCGGGCCGAUCGAGCGCAGAAAAGAGAGGGUCGUACAGGCGGAACGUAAGGGAGGGAAUCAGGUGGGAAAAGAAAGAUUGGCAAGGUCGAUGCUGAAGCGACACUUGCCGAAAUGA